AUGCCCCUCCUCCUCUCCUUGCGGGAGGCGGCGGCGCUGCACGCAGACGCGGACGCCUACGCGGCGCUCCGCGCCGCCGCCGCCGCGUCGGCGACGGAUGUGUCCCACACGGCGCGGAGUUGGCACGCCGAGCUGCUGCGGCUCCGCGCUUGCCUGCGGGUCGCGGGCGGGGGGGGAGGGAGCCCAUUCGGCCGCGAGUUGCCUGAGGCGGCGGAGCCGGUGGGGCGCGGCGCGGCAUAG